ACGCCACAGGUGUAGCGGGAAGGGGAUUAUCACCAGACCAUGACGAGCAGGCGGGGUCUGGUCGUCACCUACCCAUGGCUGCCUGCUGUGUGCGAGAGAGAGGGGUGGGGAGGGAGCAUACCUACGCUUGUGAGCGAGUGCGUGUGUGUGCGUCUCUCUCUAACGGGCGCGAAUCAAGGGCGAGGACAAGGGAGGCAAUCCUUGUAUUGAGGCCCAUAACAAGGGGAGGGAAGGAGGCCGGGCUGUACUUGCAAGGGGGCGGGCACUUGGGGCGCAACACGCCGGCGAUGGAAUGUAGCGGGCGGGUCAAGCUGCCAAGUAGCAGACGAUCUCAAUUUUACGGCCGGCGCAGUCGUGUGUAACCCCCCAUCCCACUCUCCCCCCCACCAACAGCCGGGAGGUCACUCAAACAUGCUGAGUCUUCAAGAGAAUCCUCCCGACCAGCCCCAAGGCUGGCUCACCUUAGCUCUACUAACGAGAGGUUAUCUAAUAAGAAAAUUAGCCACACGGAAACCAGUCCCCGUCUGGGGCGAGGCGCGAGUCCACAAAGAGUUGAUUUAUAGCUCGCUACGGUCACGUGACGCGCUCAAGCCAAUGGGAUUGCAGGAACCGCCGCUGCCGGCGUCUUUGAGGCCCGAAAUCCAAUUAUUUGUGUGUGUAAAUGCGCUUGAAGGCGAUUACUUCCCCGCCCCGGCCCACCCUCCGGAAUAACAAGCCAUAAUCAGUGCUAUUAUGCGUGUCAACAAACUCGUCUUAAGAAGCAUAUGGACAGAAAGGAUUUAAUUUCCUUUUAAACCCCGCCGCCUAUUGACUGUAAUUGGCUGGCGGUGAACUUCAAAGGGGUAAUAUGGGCACCCGAUUGGAGGGCGGCAGAUCUGAGGCCCCAAGACGUGCGUUAAGUGCAGGAGCCUAUUCAAAGACGAAACUGUAGAAAUUACAGAGCGAGGCUCGAGAAGGGGGAAGUCGGUCGACGAAAUACACACAGGAGCGAGCUAGAGGGAAAGGAGGAAGGAAGGAAGACUGUAGCGCUUAGUGCAGUAGAUGCGCGCGAGGGGUGUCCGUGUCAUGAACUGCUCAGCCCAACCCGACUUCCACUGCCGGGUACAUUUCGAGCUCUUCUGGCUUGCCGGGUACCCAGUCUCAGCUCUCACCCUAAGGUGAGCAAAGAGGAAGAGAGACGUUGCUUGUCAACCGAAUGAGAGCCUUGCAGAUGAAAGUUCUUCGAGGUUGAGGUUCUUGGAUUUUUUGGAACUCUGACUGGUGCGUACUCCCCUCUCCCUCCAUAACGACUCUUUUUCUGAGAAGACUGUGUGGGAGACUCAGGGUGGCUCUUAUUUCCACUGUGCGGUGGGAUUUUGUUGUUGUUUAUUCCUUCAUCAAACCUCUCGACCGCAGGAUCUCGUCUCAUCGCCUGGAAUUCUGGCUUCAGGGGGUCUCACGUUGUAACGAGUGGUGUCCCUCCGGGACAUCGGCUACCGUGCUCAGCGUCUGAGCGCGUGCUUUGCGCGUGAAACAUUUAGACGGACAGGCGGAGGGAUCCGCCCACUAGACACCUGACUUGUCUUUACCCGGCGAGCGGGCGACACCGACGGCUGGGGGGAGGGUAGGUGUGGGAUGCUGAAGCAUGAUCCACGAAAGCGCCCGGCGCACCAUCAGCAGCUCGAGUGACGAGAGGUCAUACACAGGUUCGAGUCCAUUCUUGCCGAGCGAACACCUUGACUGGUCAGUGAUGCGAAGCUGAGAGCAAAGUGUCUUGUGAAGGAAGCGACUUACCUGGAGAUUAAAAGCCCAUACCUGGUGGACAUGGCUGCGUGCACCGCACUGCCCCAGUACCAAGGUCUUCCCCAUCACAUGUCACAGAAUUUCAUGGCCGGUAAACAGAGGUUUCCAGUCAUCUGCACGUCGCCCACCCGUAUACCCGCCUUGACGGAAGCGAGAAGACCUCUUCCUACGUUCCUGCCUGUGUCUUCCGGGUGGACAGCCAGAAACCCGCAUCCAGCCUCGCUCGAACAUCCGCUAUCGGAAAUCAACCUAAACAAUGGCGCAUGCGUGACUCCCUCUCAACACGCCCUUCCGGUGGGCAUCAGCGCAGCAGGAGCGCCCACUAUCGGCAACCCUGGAGGCCACGGGAGGUCACCCCCGACUGCCCUGGAGUACGAAAUGUACCAGGCUCGUCUCCUGCAGCAGAACCUGCUGGCCGCCGGUAGGGCCCUCCUGCCCCACUCCCCCCUCAGCGUGGGAGUGCAGACCCAGCAUCCAGCCCCCGGCCUCCCAUCCCCCACGGGACCUCGCCACCCGAAUCCGAUCUCCCCGCACGUGCAGCAGUCAAAGCAGUUGUCCCCACCACCGGCCACCGAAGCGGAGGUGUCAUGGUGGAGCGUCCACUCCCCCGUGGGGGCCAGCCUGUCUCCGGACGGCCUGCAGAUGCAUCCCCAUCACCAUCAUCCCCACCACCACCAUCACCACCACCACCCAUCUCCCCAUCUCCUCUUCCCACCCACGUCUGCCACUGCUGUGCGCGCGCACCCAAGACUUCCGGGGCAUGCAGGUCACCAAGGCACUCCUAGCGCAGCGGAGCUUCGCCUGGCGCAGCUCUUCCCGGGGUUCAAACCUCCUCCGAUGGCGCCCACCAGACGCUGCCGUCGCUGCCGCUGCCCCAACUGUCAGAAUGCCAGCGCCGGCGGAAGCGGAAGUCCUGGCAAACGGAAGCAGCAUGUCUGCCACGUCAGCGGCUGCGGCAAGGUGUACGGCAAGACAUCUCACCUGAAAGCCCAUCUGCGCUGGCACGCCGGCGAGCGGCCCUUCGUCUGCAACUGGCUCUUCUGUGGCAAGAGCUUCACGCGCUCGGACGAGCUGCAGCGCCACCUACGCACGCACACGGGGGAGAAGCGGUUUGCCUGCACGGAGUGCGGCAAGAGGUUCAUGCGCUCGGACCAUCUGUCCAAGCACAUCAAAACCCACGAAGGCCGCGGCAAGGCCGCAGUCAGGACCAAAUCUCCGGGUCCCUCCCACCUGGCGGAGGUGGACGACGAACGGGAGGGAUCCUCUGGGCGGGGAUUUCCUGCUGCCGCCACCGAUUUCUGCGACGACGAUGACGAAGAUGAUGAUAUCGAUGUCGAUGGCGAUGUCGAGUCGGACGUCUCGGACACCAUCGACCUCGAAGGCCUUGACGAGAACGAGGCAGAAGUUCGUUGAUUCCGGGACAUCACCGGUGAUGUUGCACAACCCAAGCUACUUUGAAAAAAAAAAGGGUGUGAUAUACAAUCAUGUUUAAGGUUGAAGCAAAUGUUUGUGUGGUCGCAGAUGUUGCUGAACAUACCCAUCAUCCACUUGAAAGAAACUUGUGUCUCAUGUUUGGUUUUGAUUAUAAGGUUGAAGUGAAGGAGAUGUGGUUGCAGAUGUUGAUGAAUAGACUCAGCUACUACUUGAGGGAUACUUGUGUCUCAUGUUUAAUUUGAUUAACAUGUUAAAGCAAAGCUUUGUGGUAGCAGAUGUCGCUGAACAAGCCAACUAUUUGAAAAGAAAGUGCGUCUCGUAUUAUCUUAUGAUUACAAAUGCAGGUGUUCUUUGUCACAGGAGUAACACGACUAAGAAGUGAAGAAGUGGAAGAAGUGAUGCUAUUUUUUUUCAGGAUAUUAAAUUCCAAGUUACCAAUAAUUCGACUACAUUUUUGAUGUUUUAGACAAGCCUCUUUAGCAAAGAAUAUCACCAGCUUCUGGCAUAACCUUUGACCUAAACUAAAACCUCGUCACAAGUCUUUCUUGUCGUGUUAAGCGCAACUCACGAAUUUGUGGGGGGAAAAAAAUGGAAGAACAUUUCGCAGGAGUGUUUUGCAGAACAAACCGUGACAAAAGUCAAAGGAACAUGUACAUAACUCAUCUUCUAUCUCGAAGUCUGUGAUACAGAGCCCCGGUCAUUGAUAACAAGAUGUCGUCGGUGUCGCUUCCCGACAAGUUGCUGUUGCUCGUCACCCUGUCACGUGUUCCAUUAUCAGGGCGCCAAGAGAGAAAUUCGUCCCAUGCAGGACCCCAGUGUCAAAAAAGAACAGAUUAAAAGCUCAAAAAUGAGAAUAAUAAAUAAAAGAGUGCAGAAAAUUAUUGAAUGAAAAUAUAGUUUGAAUAUAGAAUUUUCAGAAGUCAUACACAAUGAAUGGAUGAUAAUACAAUAUCAUAGAGUUUUGUGACUACAUUAGUGAUUAAAAACUCCUUGUCACAAGCUGUGGGGACCCUGUAAAAGAUGGAUUUCACUCUGUCCCAGAAACUUUGCUGAGAAUUGGGGCCUUAACCUGUCCAGUAAGUGAAAUUGCACAAACAGUGCAAAUAUCUUCAUCGAGCACACAGGGAAAUCAUUUUCUUCAUUAUUUUUAUUGUGUGGAGACGCAAUAGUUUAUUGAAAUAUAGUUUGUUAAUUAUUUUAAAGUUAAUGAAUUUAUAUCCUUGCCAAGAAUCUUUUAUUCUUUCAGUUAAUGUUAUAAACUUAUAAAGUAUACGCUUCAUUGCAUGUUAUGCGAGGUAUAUAUUUUUAGUGUGUGUGUGCGUGUGUGCGUGUGUGCGCGUGCGUUAGUUGAUGUCCACAUAAACAUAUGUAUGCUUAUAAAAUCCUCUCAGGUCUUCCUGGCUCAGGGGUAAAUAAAAAUAAAUAAUACAAUUAAGUGGAAAUGUUAAUUAAGAUUUGUUAUCUAACAUUUCGAAUGAGAAACAGAUUGAUCAUUAUUCGAUGAAAAAUUACACGAAUUUUUUUCCAGGUAAAGAAACAGUUCAUGACCGCAACAUUAGCAUAUCUGAUUUUUUAGAAUCGGUGAAUUUUUUUUGUUACACAUUCGUAUUGUUUUCUGAGAUGGAGAUCGAGCGCGAAUAAAAUAAGGCUUGUUUUCCCGAAGUCAAGGGUAAAUUAUCAAAUUUUAUUGCUGUUUUCCGAGAACACAAAGUUUGUUACCAUCCUGUUUACAUUCUUGUGGUGUGUAAGUAUAAUACAUUCAUUUAAAGAUCUGUCUCAGUAAUUCGUGCGACAGGCAUUAACAUCAGAUUAAAAUAUUAAACAGAUAUGACGGUUCGUUUUCAUACUUUAUCACCUGUUCACUAUAGAUUGCUGGAAACAUACUAGAAACCAACUCUAGAUAGUAUUUCGUUAAUUAUUGAUGGCUGCGUUGGUGAAUGAACAACGAAGGUUGGAGAAAAAGAAUUUCAAAGAAAAAAAAAAUGCGAUCCGUUUGAGUUAGUGUUAUUGAUGUGAACUCAGCUCACGCAGCGCUGCUUCUAUGUUUCUGAGAAAAAAACUCUCGGAACUUGCAGACUUAUAGAGUUUUGUUUUAUGGAAAGAAAAGUACCUAGUGAAAUAUUAAUCCCACACUCAGUUUGCAUUUCUCAAUGCCCUCAAAAUGAUUGCUUGGUAACGAGCGCGAGAAAGGCUGUGCAUAGUCAUGCAUGUCCAAGUGUCGGAAAAUCAUUUUUGUUAAAUUUUAUCACUGACAAUUACCUGUAUCACUAUUCAUUUAUUUCAUGACUGCGUUAGCAAAAAUUGAACAAUACAAAAUAUCGGCCACUGACCUCAUAUAUAUAUAUUCAUUGAUGUAAAGAACCAGCCAAUUCAGAAAACCUAAUGACAAGACGCAAGUUGUUCUGAAUUUUUUUUAAAAAGGUGAUUGUUGAAAUAAAAUGGUUUGUAUACAGCGAUGAUUCAGUUCAGUGUUGAUUUUAUUUAAUAUUAAACCAGUGUUUAGUAGAAGAGAGAUGACUUGGCAUGCAUGCUCAGUGCGGGUACAGCGCCUACGAGCUUGUCGUCAACCGAGUUGAAGAGAAGAGAGACGACGAGGGCAAGGACAGAUCUUCAAGUCCGUCCAAAGAAUGGCGGCGACCAAAGGUCCCGUGGCAGAUGAGCGCGCGCUGCCAACAGCGCAUGAAAUAACCCCAGCGGCAGGCGACCUCCUCGUCUUCAGAUCCGCUUGAUGUAGGAUCAUGGCAAAAAGGAUCAGCAGCCAAGCAGGAAACGCAGCUUACUGAUUGGACAGUUGAGACACGUGAUGUGAAUAUGUGCUCCGCGGUAACUGAAAACCCUGGGCGUGAUUCGUUCUUUUUUGUCGGGGAAAACGAGAAAUACAUCCGAUUUUAUUCAUUUAUAUGUGUGUGUGUAUGAUUGAGGAAUACAUUCGAUUUUACUCAUGUGUGUGUGUGAGCGCGUGCACGAGAGAGAAACAAAAAAAAAAAAAAAAGAAGAAGGAGAUGUGGAAGGGGAGAUGAAAGAAAAAGGAUCGAUUAGACAGGCGAUCAGUAGGAUAGAACAAGAGAGGGUUUUUUUUUUUCGUAAAGAGUUCACAUCAAAUCGGAGGACUUGCCAAACUAUGGCCGCAUCUGUCAAGGAAUAUGAUGCUCAUUUACAUUUCAACGGAUUCUCUUCGCAUCGACGGACAUGUUCCAUGUGACGUCACUUAAUAUGUUCGUUCGCCCACAACACACUCACUCCCACGCACGCACACACUCACGCACACAAACUUUUACGAACUUGGGGGCCUUGUUUAAAGCCUGGAGUGCAUCAAGCACUCACCACCUUCCUCACUUGAUUAAAUUCUCAGAAAACGCGCAGAUGUUGCCGCUUGCUGUAAGAUGCAGCCUCAGAUGUGUGCACGCCAAGCCUGACGACAUCGGAAAGGCGGGGGGAUGGGUCUAGGGGAGGGGAUGAGGCCAGCAGUUGCGAGUCUUGGAGGAAGGAGGCGGGGGUAGGGCGGUGUGGUGCCUUGAAGUCAGGGCAAGUCGAGGGCCGGUGCGUAACCGCCGACAUCAAAGGGGGGCCGGGCAGGGCCUUGAGGUGCACGGGCCCACGUGCAGCACGGCAGCCGCGGGACACGCGCACUGGUUGCCUUGGUGACGGCGUGAGGCGGCUGCACGUGCAAUACAUCCCUUCUGCGCUCCUGUGUUUUCGUUGCUGUCCUGGUUGCCAUAACGAACCUCGUGAAAGUGUGUCCACACAGCUUGUCUUUAUUAUUUUUGUGCGCAUUUCGAGAGGAGAGGUAUGUCUGAUGGGGGUGGGGAGGGAGCGUGUGAAGGAUGGAGGAGCAGGAAAGGCACCUGGAAGCUUGUAAGGGAAGUAAGUGAUUGCAGGACGUGUUGGUGCAGUCCAUUAUGAUGAUGUCACGAUGGCCGUUAGGAGGUGUCACCGCAGACACUACAAGACACUACAAGACUUGUUCAAGAACAACUUCUCUGUUUGUGAUCCUUCAGACUUCUUCAUCCCCCUCUGAACACCCGUACCACCCUCUGAACACCCCUACCACCCUCUGAACACCCCUACCAUCCUCUGAACACCCCUACCAUCCUCUGAAAGUAGAAGGUCGGUGAGGUCUUAACGAUCUUAGGCUGCACACGUGGUCUCGGGUUUGUCACAGACCACAAAAUAUCACUAAGGGCGAUGACCUGGUUACGAAUCCUACUAUUCCCUCAAUACUUAUGGCAUCUACACGAUACAACUAUUGUUGCAAUGCACCAUAUGCAGUGCACAUAUGUAGCACAUGUGUGGUCUUCGGAAGUGUGAAAGACAUAAAAGUAGGGAAGAAAAGAAAGUAAGGCCUUGGUGCCGGUGAGAUCAAGUAAAACUCUCAAGUUAUGAAACACUUCACAACCGACAUUUGGACGAAUGUGUUUUAAUUUGAAAUAUAUAUACUUACAUUCACAUCAUUUAACACACUCUUAGAACUUACAUUCUUUUUUGUCAUGAAAUUAUUUACAAAAUAUCAUUAUUUUUACACCCGAAAAGGAGCCACCUUCGUACAUGUUUAUAUUGCUGCAAUUUGUCAGGGUUUGUUGCAUGCUUUACUUCGGAUUGUUUAAAGAACAUGGUAAAAUUUGAGGUUAUCUAUGAUAUUCAACGG